GCGUGGGUGAGUGAACAUCAUGGGACAUGCUCUCUGGGAAUGAACUACAGCAGUCUAGAGCGUCGAUAUCCCUUAUAUCGUCCCAAUCCUGUGAUACUGAGAGCGUACACGAGUCUUCUGCGGUUCCUUAGUGGAUAGUAAAACAGUACUGAAACUGCCAAUCUGAAAUAACUGGGUACUGUUUAAUCAGCCGUGUUUCCAAUUUUAGAAUAAUGAGAGUGAUCUUUUCAGCUAAUUGGAUAUUUCAGGGAUGGAUCACACACUUAGUUCUUGCUCUGUGCUCGCAGGCAGGAUUGGCCAUAAACUGCCUCCAAGGGGAGUAUGAAUACAACAGAACCUGCUGCAGUAAAUGUGAACCAGGAAAAUAUGUUUUCGAGCAUUGCACUGGCAGCUCGCACACAAUGUGUCGUGAUUGUGGCAGUGAUGAGUACCAGCCAGACUGGAACAGUGAGACGAAAUGUAUUCCUCAGAAGUUCUGCGAUGAAGGUAAAGGGUUUUACCGCACCCGUCCACACAACCCCAUAGCGGCUGAACCCUGUCGGUGCAAACAGGGUUUUCACUGUUCACUGAUCAACUGCGAGUACUGUGAGGCAAUAAAAAAAUGCCCUGCUGGAGAAGGGGUUUUGAUACAUGAGAAUGGCAGAGCUUCCUGUGUCUCAUGUCAAUAUGGAUUUUUCUCUGAAUCCCUGUCAAUAGAAGCCUGCAAGAAAUGGACAGACUGUAAAGCCAUUGGCAAGACCGAGAAACAGCCAGGAAGCAGUAAGACAGAUGUGGUGUGUGGACAUUCUCCUGGUCCUAUGACACCCUGGGUGGUGGUGGCCAUUCUCUCGGUCAUUAUCGUGGUAUCGCUGGUCGUUCUCUUCUUGUUCCGCUGUAAGAAUAAGCUGAACUUCCUCUCAGUAAAUCUACGAACUUGUGUCCAAAACCUGAAAAGAAGCAGGAAUCAACAGGAAACUGUGAUACCUUCAUACCACUGUAGCAAUGGUCCACAAACCUGUCCUCUUAUUUGCCAAGAGAAAACCCCUCCAGAGUCUCUUAUCAUGUAUCCCAGCACCACAUUAACCAUCACUGAUGAAACCUCAAAUUGCAAAGACAGGGAACAAGACCAGGACCAAGCUGACACAUCAUCAGGCAGCUCCGGUGAGGACUCUGGAGAUGGACCUGCAUCCCCACUGACAGGCAGCUCCUGCAGCUGUGCAUUCUCCAAGGAACCCAUGGAGGUUGGAGAGAAUGAGGACUGCAGUCAACUGGUGGCCACGGGUCUGGCAACAUGCCUCUCCUGCAAGACAGGAGAUGCUUUUGACACCAAAGGAGAAAAUGUGCAGGUCAUCAACCUUAAAGAGCCUUUGCUAUGUGAAAACUGCUCCUCAGAGGGCCUGCCUGCUUGUGCUGGAUGUGCUGACUCACUGACAUUUUUCCUAUGUUUGGCAGGUCAGGUAACAGGAAACAACAACACUACUUUUAUCUCCAGUGGGCAGGUAAUGAACUUCAGUGGUGAGGUCAUCGUGGUAUACGUCAGUCAGACAUCACUGGGCAGUGGAGGGGGAACAGAGGAGCCCUUUAGUUGUCCAGUUCAAGAGGAAUCAAAUGAGGACAGUUUCCAAAAUGAGCCCAAAUCUAACAAAGGCACAGCACCGCAGGGCAAGAAUGGAGACAUCCACUGUAAGAGACACUUGCCUGUACAGGAAGUGACCAAUGACUGGUCGUGUCAGAAAUAAAGACGUCAGAAACUACCAGAAUAUUUUCUACUGGACUGGAAUUCAUUUAAAAAAAACUUUUGUCUUGUUUCUAUUUUUAUAAUUAUUAUUGAUUAAUGAUUGGUGUAUUGACUGCAACUAGAGCAGGGGUUCUCAACUGGUGAGGGGUCACAGGUCUUUUGUCGUCUGGGUCAUGAAAUGAACAUGUUUAUUAACUUUUAAAAGAGAGGAGGAAAAUGCUUCCCAACAGGGCCGGUAUUAGGAUGCAAUCUUUGGGGUGGGGAAACUGUCAUAGGUUGUCUCUUCAUCUGGAUCCUCCUUUAUCAUUUGGCCGUCCAACUGGGGGGGACUGACUGUACAAGCAAUAUCAAGUAGGGCAAUGCCAUAGAGAAGAGAAGGACAUAGCUGCAAGCAGAGCUCCAAAAAAGGGGUGGGAGCUUCAAAAAGCUUGCUGUGAGAGAGCCCCUAACCUAACCCUUUCUCUAACCCAAACAGUGUGUGGAAGUGACUUCCCCUUUUGGAGUUGCUGUGGUAACCCCACUCUCUUCUGGAGUAACUCCACCCUCUUGGAGAUUCUGCUCCCAUUUGGAGAUCUUCAGGCUGCAGCUGUACCUAAUUGGAGCUCAAUGUAUUCAGCAACGAUGAUGCAAAAGCCAUGUGGAAGCCCCUUAAAUCACAAUUCUGCAGUUGUUUAUGCAUUUACAAAAUUACAAAAAUGUUCCUGUUCAGACUAUAUUGUUGGGCCUGUGCAAUUAAUAUUAACAGUGACCCAAUACAUUUUAGUCUUUGUUUACUUAAGUACGAUAAAAAUGUCAGUAUGGUGUUGAGUCAAAAUCAGGGCCUUGAAGCAUAUCCAGUUGAGAACCACUGAACUACAGUGCUAUUUGAUGAAAAAUGCUAUGCAUUUGUUUGCCUAUGUAUAUAUACCAUAUAAAUUAGGUACUUCAUGUUGUUUUGCAGUCAGCAUUUAGAUUAUAUCAGCGGUGCAGGUGCUAAUGAUUUGAUGACAGUAAAGGUCAAUAACAUUGACCCUGGAAUCUCUCAAUUUCAAACAAACCCUACGUUGAAGAGCCAAAUAAAGAGUGGCUUGGUGUGACAAGCGACCCGGGCCAAAGACAAUGCUAACAAAGCCAGAGAAAGCACAAUUGCUGCCACCAGAACAAAAGCGUGGCGUUUUUCACUUUCUCAGCGUGUGCUCCUCUUUUGGCCUUUUUUCUUGGACUGGAAAUUGAGUGAUCAGGCAGUAUCUCAUGAUGGGAACCAUUAUAUGGUGAUUGUUAAAGCUCAAAUAAGUUAGCAAUUAAAUGCAGUAGUCUCAGGAUGUUGAUUUGCAGUGUCUUUAUAUUGCUAUGAAUUAAAACAAUCACUUGUACAUGUUAAAGUCAUUUUUUGUUUUGUUAUUUAUCUAACCUGACAGGUCGGUCUGACUGGAGCAGAAAAAGAAAUUGUAAUCAUGUACAUUAUUUACAAGCAUUAAAUGUACAGGAUAUAGUGAUUGAAUUCCAAUGUACUGAUAGAUGAGUAGUGAUUUUGAAGUCUAACAUUACUGUAAAUAAAGCUUGUUUGU